UAUUCCUCAAAUAGACUAGGAUUCCUCGAUCCAGCUCUGACCGCGGGUGCUCCCGAUCAGAUCCCGAACCUGAACCGCCUGUCAUCGGAAUGUCUGGAUUCCCUUUCCAGAAAUGGACGGUCUCUAAGCCGUAUGUCGAUGUACCGGGAACCUUAUUGGAAGGACCGUUUCACGACAAGGACAAGAACGAGUUCCGCUUCGUCGAUAUCUGGCAGCAGAAACUAUACGCUCUGGAUCUUGCCCAAGGUCCGGACUCCCUGAAAACCCUAGACACUCAUGCGUCAAUCGGGGUGACCGCCAAUAUUGCGAAUGCUGGGGAUUCCCGCAAGGAUCAGAUCGUCGUAGCCGCAAAACAUGGAUUCGCCCUGGUCGACCGCAACACGGGCGCGCUGUCCUAUAUCCGGAAGGCAUGGGACGACCCGGCCAAGGAUCAUAGGAUGCGUUUCAACGAUGGGGCAGUCGACAGCCACGGACGGUUUUGGGCUGGGGCCAUGAACGAUCCCAAGGUGCAAGCCCCAAGCGAUGAAGGCGUACUGUUCAGGCUAGAUCCAGAUCUGAAACUGCACCGCAUGGUUGAACAAGUGACGAUUCCCAACGGGAUUGGCUGGAACCCUGCGGAUGACACUAUGUACCUGACCGACUCUCCCACCGGGAAGAUUUACGCCUUUGACUUUGAUGCAAAGACCGGGGACAUUAGCAACCGAAGAGUCUUCUUCGACAUCGGGGAACCCAAAGAGCCCGAUGGUUUUGCUAUCGACGAGGAAGGCUGUAUAUGGAGUGCCAUUUACGGUGGUGGAAGAGUGAUCCGUAUCUCGCCGGAAGGAAAGAUCAUUGGUGAAAUCACGUUUCCCACCCGAAACAUCACCUGCCCAACUUUCGUGGGAACGGAACUCUUCAUCACGACUGCCAAGGAUGAUGUCAACGAUGACCAGUUCCCGGACUCGAUCCGGUACGGAGGACGACUCUAUAGAGUCGACGUCGGCAUCAGGGGCAAGCCCAAGAAUGAGUUUCGAUUUCAAGACUGACCGCAAUGGUCAGCACAGUAGUCUAGUGGAAGUAGUCGACUAGCUUAAAGAUAAGGGAUUUCGACCGCUGGUCGAUCACCAGCAAUGGGAGACCACUCGGGGCUUCUGGUGGAGUGCCGUUCGCCUUGUAUACCCAUCUUGAAAGAUCAACGUAGCCAUGAAUUUGAGGACUAAAC